ACGCAGGUAGAAGCUAACGUUACGCUCAGUUCGCUAGCGUGUCAAGUGUCAGUUAGUCAGCUAUAGCCAAGAUUUAAAAUACACAUUUCAAAAUAUAUAUUUGUAGCCUAAACGUUUGUGUUGAAAGUGAGCUGUAUUUUCGUUUUCGCCUGCCAAUAACGUUUUAAUUCUUUGUUUUACUGCUGCACCUUGCUUAAAGUUGUAUGUAAUGCUAGCUAGCUAACAGCUUGCUAACUGUUAACCGUUUGACCGUCCCUGUUUGUAAGACCUAUUGAAAUGGAUGACCAUGAUUCCCUGGGCAGUAUGGACAGCUUACUUCUCCAGCUAGCUCUGCAAACCAGGGACAUCGCUCAGAAGAGGGAUCAGAUCAAUCAACAGAUUCAAAUCGGCAAAGCCAAUGUUGCUGAGAAGAAAUCCUACAUCAAAGGGUUCCAGGAAAACAUCAGGAAGCUUGAGGAGGAAUCUUAUCAUAAGCAGAACAUUGUGAAGCAUCUCAAAGGCAAUACGAAAAGUCUAAAGGGAACUAACGGCCUCCUGCUGCAGUAUGAGAAGACGCUGCAGGCUGAAUUGGAGAGGAGACGAGACAACUGUAACCAAGACAUGUCAAACAUUGUCCAUCGAAAACCCAUUGGAAAGCAUCUCUGGUCUAUUGACGGCAGCAGAGUCUCACAGACAGUCAGCGGCUCAGACUGAGGAUGACCAUCAGUCUCCACUAGACAUCUCCUCCCUCCAUCUCUCCCAGGAGCGUCUGAACACCUCCAGUACAGUGGGGAUGGAAGAGGUGAAGGAGAGGGGGGCUGAGGGAGGAGAGGAACAGCCUACAUCCCUCAUUACUGAGGAAGAGGAGAAUGAAGGGAUGGGAGAAGCAUUCUCUCCUCAGACUCCUGCUAGAAUGAAAGCUGUGUCCAGCACCCCAACCUUCUCCCUGAACAGUAGCCACAGUGGGUCACCUAGUCACCUAGACGGAUCCACAGUGAAAUCCCCAGCCUUCCUGUUCUCCAUGAGCUCAGCUCCUACCGACUUCUCUGGCUUCCACUGUGGCUUUGACCUGGGGGGCUCAGGCCAGGAGGAAGAGCCUCCUUUCCCCUUCAGCAGCUCAUAUUUCAGCACUGAAAAGAAACCGUCAGGAUCCAAAUCGCCAUCAGGCUUCCUGUUUGCCCGGCCCGAGUCGGAGAAGUCAGAAGAUGGAUUUGAGUUCCCCUUCAGCUCUAAGAGUCCUGGUCAACCGUCAACCAGCAGAGACAAGGGAUCAGGGGCUGGGGACUCCUUCCCUUUCUCCUUUAACUUCUAGCACAUCUUACUGUAAAGAUUCAUGUAUGCUUCAAAUGGCACUCUAUUCCCUAUAUAGUGCACUACUUUUGCUCAGGGCCAUGUAGUGUACUAGGGCAAUAGGGUGCCAUUUGGAUGCAUCCUGAGGUUCUUCCACGUUACUGUACAUGAGUUCAUUUCCUGUUUGGUUAUUUCUAGAAAUAUGCAGAGGACUUCAACAUAACGCUUUGUUCUCUAUGAUAUGUUGUUAUGCACUGCAGAUCUGUUUUAUCGCUUGUUAAUAUUUAGUCAUUAGUUGAAUCAACUGUUGUAUGAAAAUUACUACUUCAUAAGAUAAAGUACCAUCUAGACUUAAACUUUGCUGUU